AGCCUCGGCUCGUCAAAGGCAAAAGCCCUUUCCGUGCAAAGGCCGCAAGCGCUCCAAUGUAGAUCCUGGUGGGCGCACCACCAAGCCCUCUUUGUCCAGCUGAAGUGGCGUCGAUGACAACGGCGGAGGUCAGCUUGGAUGACUACAGCCGUUGCUUGGAAGAAGAUGACUCCAUUUUUCGACGGUGUUCGAACCGCGUGCUGAUCGUCCUGGCAUGUGGGCUGACAGCGGUUGCCUUUUGCCGCUUUGCCCUUCUUGAUUUCUGGGGAGCUCUUGUGGAUGCCUUGGUCUCCUUCGUUGCGUUUCUCUCCAUCUAUGAGUUCCAUGCCGUAUAUUAUAUUUUUUGCAGCGUGGCCUGUGGUUUGGACUGCUGCCUAAACCUGGGCUCGGCUCUGUUCAUGUGGUUGGGCCUGGAUUCUUCCAGUUUCAGCUUGGGACCCAAGCAUUCAGCUCUGAUUUGUGCAUCAGCAUCGCUUGCUGGGUUGGGCAUGUGUGUCUGCUUGGUGCUUUGGGCAGACUUGCGCGUUAACAACAAAAGGGAGGGUUUUGGCGCACGCCACUUGAUGUAUGGCUCAGUCAUGGAAGUGGAUGCAGGUGGCAAGGCAGACCCAUUUUUGCUCCAGGAGAACGGACAAGCAGCUAGAUGACGUUCCGGCCUGGGCAUUUGCUUGCUGAUUGCUCGCUACUAGGGGCGCUCCUGGCCU